GUAUCGGACGUGGAUGUUUGUUGCUGGGCCUACGAGGCCCAGACGAGACGACUGAGGUCAGCUCUGGCCGAAAACGCCGGACUGAUCCACAGGAAAGACUCUCACCAGAGAACGGCUCUCCACUGGGCCUGCGUAUCAGGCCAGACUGACAUCGUCAAGAUCCUAAUCUCUCUUGGAGCUGAGGUGAAUGCUGAAGAUGACUCUCAGUGGACCCCUCUAAUUAUUGCCUCAUCAGCUGGCCACACUGAUUGUGUCACUGAGCUCCUGGCCAAUGGUGCUAAUGCAGACAUUGCAACAACCAACGGACAGACUGCUCUUCACUACGCUGCAUCGAAAAACCGGUUGUCCAUCAUUCCGACACUCAUCCAAAGCGGUUGUCCCGUUGCCAAACAGGACAAGUACGGAGCCACACCUCUCCAUAGAGCAGUUUCAAGAGGUCAUUUGGAGGUCAUGAAGCUCCUCCUAUCGGCCAAAGCUAGCCCAAAUGUACAGGAUACAGAGGGGAACACCCCUCUUCAUUUAGCUGCUGACGAGGGCCACAAGAGGGUGUAUGAUGAACUUAAACGGGCAGGGGCUGACCCAGACAUUGUGAAUAAGGAGGGUAAAAAGGCCUUGGACAUGGUUCACUGAUCACUCUAUAUGUGCCAUCAUAUCCCCUGUCAUUUUACGUAUAGUAUAAUUAUAUAUAGAUUGACCAUUAUGCAUCAGAAUGAUGACCAUGUGUUUUGCAUGGAGAAGAUAUCAAAGUGCUCUGCAAAAUCUGAAUGUGCAUGACAGAUGCCAUGCCGUUGCUAAAAAACCAAGGAAUAACCGGGGUUGCACCAUAUAAAAACAUAUUUCAGUUUUAAUCAUCGGAAAAUUCCCUAUUCCACAUCUUCUGCCACUGAGUACAGGAGCAAGUAUGCAUUCUGCAGCAGCAGACUGUCCUGGAGUUCCUGCUCUAUCCUCUCCACCACCGACACAUAGCUGUCGUUGAAGCAGUACCAGGUCCCGUUGGAGGCUCGGCAGUAAGCCAAGUAGUGACCGAACGACGUACUCUGUGCCCCAGUGUGGAUACAGACAGCGUAGAGUGUGUACAAAGACUUAGUCCCACUGGCAGUCUUCUCUGCGACUGCAGUUUUGUCUCCAUGAGGUAUGGAGACAGGUCAAGAGUCAGGGGUACAGUAAUGGGAGUGGAGUUUUUCUGUGCACACUUUCGCAGUGGAUUGUACGAGAACCUAGACAGUUGCACCACAAGUCUCUUUGGUGGUCGACUGAGCAUCACCAGCCUUUUUCCUUC